AAUGCAUGUAUAAAGCUACUUUAUCAUUUAUAAUAAUUAUGCUAUUUAUCUCUGCUGCUGGUACUUGCAGGUUACAAUAUGCUCAUGGAACUGUUGGUGGUAUUGAUACUCUUAAAACUUAUGAGGUUCAGUUUGACGAUGGAACCCUUUGCUCUGAAAUGUUGCUCAGAGAUAUCAUAGUUAAUGAUGGAGCUCCUGAUCUUGGUAGCUGUGUUAAAGUUAAAUGGAGCAAAAGAGAAAUAUAUGACGCAAGAAUAAUUGGAUACACCACAGUACCACAAUACAGAGUUAUAUUCGACAAUGGUACCACUAAUACAGUAACGGAAGAAUUCAUUUAUUCACUUAACGAGCCUCUACCAAGAAGAGUUAAAGACAAACUCAAAGUAUGUACCACCAUCCACCAAUGCUGUGCAAGAUGAUGUAUUGACAAGAAU